AUGAUUGCGCCGACGCCAAAAUCUCUGCUUUUGCUUCAUCUUCCGGACGAGGUUCUUAUUACAAUAUUCAGUUUUCUCGACUUUCGGACCCUGUGUGACGCUAUUCUUGUGUGCAAACACUUUGAUGAUCUUGCCGAACCCUUCUUGUAUCACACUGUCCAAGUGCUCAGUGGACGUCAGGCCGAGGCCCUAUCUGCUGGUUUGCACGCAAAUGCUCGCCGUGCUACUUGGAUUCGUUCUCUGCUCGUCUCCACUAAGUUUGGAGAGGACCCAGGCUUGGGCACUUUACCGCCUCACAUUGGCCGAAUGCGGAACCUUCAGCAUUUAUGUCUCGAAACGCCCGACUGCAAUGCCAAGUUUCCGGAAGAGAGGGUGGUUUGGGUCAACCUGCAGGACCGAUAUGAGCGAAUUUUUGAAAGUGCCUCUGCUGUCGUGCCCAGAGCUGAUGAGAGGGCUUUGCCCAAUCUGAAAACUUGCACGUUACACUUUGUCGAUGGACAAAAGGAACUCUAUUCAAUGACGAAAUAUGCCAUGCUCUUCUUGCAUCCCAAGUUAAGGUCGCUGACCAUGUCUUGUGCGAGUACCGACUUUCCCGACAGAUUGCUCACAGCCUUCCAAGACGAUGAAACUCUGGCCAAAUCCACCAACCUGGAAUACUUGCACCUCGAAGAAUGUGACAUCUUCUCUCCGUCCCUGGCGGUCCUCCUGAGCUUCCCCCGCGCGCUGAAGUCCCUCAAAAUCAGCGAGGGGAUUCGCUACGAUGGCAUAUUCAAUGCCAGAAACACUCGCAUGCAUGGAAAUGUUUCUCCAGGCCCCUUUGUGGACGCCAUAGCCCAGCACUGCAGCGAUUCGCUCGAAUUUCUGUCCUUGAGUUUGGGAUACUUGAGGCAGGGGUUUCAGCACAUCAAUCAGCCCAGCCAGCAUCUCAAUUUGACCGGGUUUCGUGCAAUCAAACAACUAGAUCUUGAUGUUCGGACGGUCAAUCUAGUCAGGGUCAGGGCCGGCUGCGACCACGCUACUUGGCGCAGACUUCCCCCCAAUCUAGAAACCCUCAAGGUUUUUGGGAUUCCGCUAGGUGACCGACCUCCGUUCCAGGCUCGGAGGAGGGUCUGGUUUCCCUUUGAAAUUUGCAUAGCCACCGAUAAAGCAAAACAUGGAGUUCGGCUGCUGAAAAAUCUCAUCUAUUCGUAUGAAUAUUACCGAGAAGACGACGAGAUCCCGAGAUUGAGCAUAUCUGACGACGGUGAUACUGUGGAAGGGAUCAGCGAAGUUCUUAUCGCCCAUCGACGAAUGACCGAAAAGUGUCGAGAGUUGCAACCUACCCUUAAGAAAGCCGGCGUGAGAUUGGAGAUCGAAAUGGUUGCUUUACCUAACGGGUUCAUACCCCCAUAUUUGUUCCAGGAGGACAAGCCGAAGUAUUUCACUCUCUGGGAAUCCACUCCGCGAUCAGCGUGA